ACCCUGAGCAAGUCGCCAGGCCAUCACAGGGCUGACACACAACAAUUCAAGUCAAGUCAUCAAGUCAUUUAUUUGUAUAGCACAUUGCAUAGCACCAGCGUAACAACUUUCUAACUUUGGGAAACAGAGGAACGGGAAGCAGGCUUCAGAACAGGGAAGUCACAGAGCCUCAGCUGUUACACAAUAAACCACAGGCCAAGUUUCACUUUCUACAGAAACUCACUGAAAGAAAACAACAGACAGCAAGAAGCAGAACAAAUCUAAAAAACUGUCUUUACUCAGGUUUGCUGUGACAGUCAUGCAAGUGUCUGUGUGGGAGUAAAAUCUAUAAAGCUGCCACUACAUUAUUUAUGUCUACAUAAAAUUAGUGUCACAUUCUGGCUCCAGAACUACCACAACCCUGACCAGGAUAAAGCACUUCAUAACCGCAGUCUGAGGACUAAUCAGCCCAACACGGUCCAUUUAAAAGGUUCAAGUUCAUUUGAACAAACCACACUGGCCAGUGUCCACAUUCUGAAAAUAAAGGUUUAUGAAUAGUGAACAAAGAAAAAGAGGAAAACAUGACCUGAGCUAACAAACACACAGAAGAGAAAAGAGCAACUGCACCAUCAAGUCCUCGUGUCUCAUCAGCCAGUAAAAUGGCCCAACAGGACUCCAGGGUCAACAUUGUGAUGUUUGGAAGCAUUUCUGCAGUCCACUUUGGACCUGAAAAUAUACUACUUGGACAAGAGCAAUCCGUUUUAAGAAACACAGAGGUCUCUCAGAUUGUCCCCGUAACGAGCAGAGUAUCAGGACGUAAUGUUUCUGUCAUCGAUAUUCUUGGCUUGGAAGAGACUGAUUUACCCCCACACACUGUGCAUCAGUUCAUCAGUAGACUGGUCAAUGAAAAUGAAAUCCAUGCUUUCAUCUUUGUGCUUCAACUGAACCAGCUAACAGACACUGAUAAACUGGGACUAGAAUGGCUGAAAAGUACAUUUGGAGAACGUGCUCUUGCCUUUGUGAUGAUUCUGUUCACUUAUGAGAGCGAGGAGGAAUGUGACACCAUCAUCGAUGACCUGAAGAAUAACACUGUUCUAGAGCAACUGACACAGCAGUGUGGAGGCAGAUACUGCACAUGCAGCAAGAGCAUGAACCACCAAUCAGAAAUGGGAACGCUGCUGGAGAACAUUGACCACCUCAUCUCUGAGAACAGUCAGUGCUGUUACACAGCUGAGCUCUACACCGCAGCCUUCAGAGGCCUGCAAGACAGACAAAACCAGCAAACAGCUGCUAAUAGACUUCUGCUACAAGAAGAGGUGGAUAACAAAGAGGACCUAACAAAUCAGCCAGAGGUAAUAUCUCCAAAACCUGAUGACGAAGAUUGUAAGCCAGAUUUUUCUGAAGAAUUGAAGGACCUCUUUUCAAGAGUAUUAGGAAAUCACAACCAAAUCAUAAAAUCUGCAGAUAUUCUUCAAAUAAUAAAACCAUUAUUGCAAUACCAAGAAUCUUCAUUACAUGUAGCUUUCCUACAAAAGCUGCUGAUGGUGAAUUACAACGCACGAUAUAUUUCAGUUGAUAAACAAUCCAGGGAAGAGCCUGACUUUUCACCAGAACCAGUGGAUGAAGAUCAGGAGAGCAGUUUGUCAGGUUUUUUUGACACAGAUACAUCAACCUCUGACCCUAUAAACAAUAAACAGAUUGUUCACCCCAUGGAUGUCCAGAUGGCGGUGUUUCACUGCUCUGAUCAUUUCCUAAAGCAGCUAAUAGUAACUAAACUGUCUCAGUGUCAGUAUGCUCUGCCUCUGCUGGUGCCCAACCCCUUCACCAGAGAGAUCGAGUUUCCUCUGUGGACCUUUCACCAAAUCAGAAAGAGCUGGAAGGUCACUGAUGAGUCUGGUAAAGUUAUCAACAAAGCCAUGUCGAUUUCUGUGGCACAAACGCCAAUGGUGGCAUUUUUCAGGCUUGGUUCUGCAUCUUUGUCCAAGUCUCAGCUGAUGAACAACUUGAUCAAUGAGAAACAUCAUACAUUCUUCCACCGGGACUGCCGUGGAAGCAGCAGAAACCGGCUUCUGAUGGACGGAGUGGUGGAGAUCGCUUGGUACUGCCCAUCUGGGAAGGAAACUGAUUAUUUCCCAGACUGUGUUGCAUUCUGUAACCUCCACGGUGAUGCAGAAACUAAUCAAGAGCAACUGCAUAUCCUGACUGAAGAGUCCUCAGUGAAUGUUGUACUUUUAUCUGAACAAAAAGAUACCAAAAAUAACAUAAUACUAAAUCUUCUUCAAAGCCCAAAGCCACUAAUUUGCUUGUUCACCAAAAGUAAUGAAGGUGUAACUAGGAAAAAAAAUCUGAAAUUCAAAAUUGGUCUUGAACAGAGAAAUCAGUCAGAUAUAUCUGAAGUUCUCAGAAACACACUCAAAAAGUGUUUUACAUCAGCCCCCAAAUUCAGACUUGAAAACAUGGGUGCACACGGGAAGAUCAGAACAGAUGAGGAGGAUGGUAAAUGUCAGAAGGGGAAAGAAGCAGCUCUCCAAAUGACAAAGUUAUUCCAUGGAAUGGAAUUGUCCAAAGUGAAGGAAACAUAUAUGGUCUGUCAGGGGAAACUGUGGCAUGACUGGUGCCAGAAAAACAAAGAACUCCAUCGACUUCAAGGAGCAACCAUCGAGAUGAAGAAGUGUGAAAAACAAACUGAAAUGAAGACAAUUCGUAAGCAACAGUAUGAGUGUGGAGUCACAAAUCUGAUGGAGAUGUUUAUUCACACACUGAAUUCACCAGAAGUAAAUGAUAAAGAAUAUUUUCUGAGAUGGAUUGUAAUCUUGCUUGACAACUACACCAUUGAUGAACUCCCCAGACUUCGGGAUUCACAACUUCAGGACAUACCAAAACAGCUGAACGCUACAGCCUUCGGUUUGGAACACAUCCUUAGGGAGAUGGGUCAGAUAUACGAGUCAUUUAUUUCUGUACAAACACACGAGGAAGGAUCUUUAAGAGAAGAUUUCACCUGUCUUCCUAAGCUGGGAGCAGAUGUAAUGCUCUCUGGGUACCCACUGGAGCUGAUGGAUGGAAAUGCUGCUCAUAUUCCUCUGAUCUGGGUUUCAGCAGUGCUAGAUGAACUUGUGAAGAUACUGGGAGAUCAGAGAGUGUUUGUGCUGUCAGUUCUGGGGAUUCAGAGCUCUGGGAAAUCCACCAUGCUGAAUGCCAUGUUUGGACUCCAGUUUGCUGUCAGUGCUGGAAGGUGCACCAGAGGAGCCUUCAUGCAGCUGGUCAGAGUGUCAGAGGAGAUGAAGAAAGAGCUGAAGUUUGACUACAUUCUAGUUGUUGACACUGAAGGACUUAGAGCUUUAGAGCUGGCUGGGAAGACGAGCAUACAUCAUGAUAAUGAACUCGCCACAUUUGUUGUUGGUCUUGGAAACCUGACCUUGAUCAACAUCUUUGGAGAGAACCCUGCUGAGAUGCAGGACAUCCUUCAGAUUGUUGUUCAAGCCUUCCUGAGGAUGAAGAAGGUCCGGCUUUAUCCCAGAUGUAUGUUUAUCCAUCAGAAUGUUGGAGACAUCACAGCUGGAGAAAAAACGAUGGAAGGAAGGAGAUGCUUACUGGGAAAACUGGAUGAAAUGACCAAGCUGGCAUCUAAAGAAGAAGACUGUGAUGCUCAAUGUUUUAGUGAUAUCAUUGCGUUUGAUGUACAAAAUGAUGUUAGGUACUUUGCACAGCUCUGGGAGGGCAGUCCACCCAUGGGACCACCAAACCCAUCAUACAGUGAAAAUGUUGAUGAGCUAAAGAGAAACAUCUUUUCAAAUAUCAAGAUAAAUCGUGUAAUGAGUCUUUCACAAUUCAAAUCCCAUUUAAGUAAUUUAUGGAAUGCACUGCUGAAUGAAAACUUUGUGUUUAGCUUCAAAAACUCUUUAGAGAUUGCAGUGUACAGGAAACUAGAGAAUGAAUAUUGUAAAUGGACCUGGAACCUCAGGAGUUCCAUGUCGGUAACUGAGAAUAAACUGUUUAACAGAAUCAACAAUGAAAGGGACCCAAAGAUUGAUGAAAAUGACAUCAUGGCAGACAUGAAAGACACAAAGUUGGAUGUGGAUAAAUCAAUCGAGAAGUUCUUCAAUGAAGACAAAGAUAAAGAAACUUUGAACCAUUGGCAAAAAAGAUUUGAGAGAAAAGUUUCUGAUCUUUACAAUGACCUUGUAAAAGCAACAAAAAGGAAGUUAGAUAAAAUUGCUUGUCUGAAAAUUGCAAGAGAAAAGAUAGACCAGGAGAAGACUAAGAGGGAAAUUAAGCUUUAUAAACAGAGCAAAGACCUAGCAAUGAUUUUAAAAAGUAAAGAAACUGAUGAAGAUACACUCAGGACAAACUUUGAAGAUGUCUGGGAAAUGUGGGUCGCUGAGGUGACAAAAGAUGCACCUUCAGUUGACAACAUCAAUAUCUGGGGAGAUGUAAUACAGACACUGUCAGAAAGUUAUGAGGACAACCUUGUUUGUGAGCGACAAAGAAAGGCUGCAUACAAAAAGUUUGAGUGCUUAGGAGAUUACUCAGACUACAUUAUUCUGAACAAACAACAAGAGCUCCAUCAGGAAGAUCUACAGUCACAGGAACAUGUGGAGAGAGAAGAUGAAAGCCCUGGUGCACUCGUUCAUACAGUUAGAGAUGGUCCAUCUGAGGGAACCAUGACUCUAACCUCUGAGGAGAACAAGUUAUUUAGGGCACUGAUUGGAAGAAUGAUCAAAGACACUGAAGAAGAAAUUCAGAGGAAACCCAUCGCAGAACAGGGAUACAGUCAGAUCUACAUCCCAGAAAUAAUAGCCUCCAUCAAAAACCACGUAAGAGUACAACAAACUCAGACCUCCAGAUAUAAGCUAAAGAAAGAAUUCACAGUGGAUCUGUGUCUCCAUGUGUGCAGCUUUGCAGCUAACCAGUUUAAUGACCUUCACAUGAAAUUCAAGGAAGCAAACAAUGUAGAAGUGUACCUGAAGAAACAGAAGCCUCAAUACUUCAAUAUCUUCAAGAACUACUACAACGGUGCGAGCUCAGCUGCAGUGUUUGGUGAAUUCAUUGUGGACAAACUUGAGCCGUCUAUCCUGCAGGCAGCAUACGACCAAACUGCCAUUGAUGUAGCUGAGAAAAUGAAACGCAAUGUUCCAGCAUUCAGUGGAAACAGGUCAAAUCUGGAAAAACACAUUCUGACAUCACUAGCAGAAGACGAGGACUUUGAGAGCUAUAUUGAAUACAUUCACAAGCCCAAAGAACAUUUCAAUCACUUUAUUACCAAGGAAGUAAAUCAGUACAUCCUCACAGACAAAGGUGAAGAGGUUCUGGAAACAAUCAAAACCAACAUCAAGUCCAAAACAAAGUGUGUGAUGGAUGCUGUCAAUAGAGCAGCAGAAGACGUCAGUAAAAGAAACGGAGACAUCGACAUGUGGCUGGAGAACUUCUCCAAAGAGCUAAAAGAUGAGCUUCAGUUUAAAGAAGAAUCGUGUCCUGAGCAGAAAGAAAUUACAGACCUUGGCUUUCUCCAAGAGCUUGUAAAUCAGGACCUGACUGACACCAUGGAAAAAUUAUGCAGUGAAUUCAAAACCAUUUCUGACCUCAAACAGGAAAUGUUCAGGAAGAAGCCAAAUGAGAUUCUGAUUGAACACCUCUGUCGAUGUUGCUGGGUUCAGUGUCCAUUCUGCAAUGCCAUCUGUACCAACACAAUGGAGGAUCAUGAUGGAGAUCACCGUGUUCGUUUCCAUCGCAACUGUGGAGUCAAUGGAUGGUCUUUCAUGUUUUCAGAAAAUCUUGGAGUUGAUUUCUGCACAACUGCUGUUUCAAGUAACAUGUUUUUUCGUACAUCUGCUGGUGUGUUUGCAUUUAAAGAGUACAGAAAAGCGGGUGGAGACUAUGCCAAGUGGAACAUCAGCCCUGACACCUCUGAGAUGCCCUACUGGAAGUGGUUUGUGUGUAGGUUCCAGGAAGACCUGGAAAAGCACUACAAAAGAAAAUUCACAGGGAAUGGAGAGAUUCCUCAUGAAUGGAGGGAGAUCACCAAAGCUCGAGCCAUUGAAAGCUUAAGUGAGUUAUAAUAUAAACUGGAAGAGAUUUUAACUGUUCUUGAUGCUUUAAUACCGUAGAUAUUUAAGUGUUUUUAUUGUCUUUCAAUAUGUCCAGGUGUUUAUGUUUUUUUUUUUAAAUUACUAUUUCCUGUUCCGAGACGUGUUAAAUGCUACUGAAUAGACAGCAGUUUGUGUGAUGAUUUUAUUUUUAAAUUUCUGGUGACAUUUCUGAUUCAUCCUCUAAAGUGGAAUAGUAGUUAAUACUUAUCUUCAUUUGCACCUCAUUUGACAUAUGGGGCACAAAUCUGUUACACAAUAAACAGUAUAGACAAGCUUCGUUGUGCAUCUCAUAUAAUUUAAAAUAUAUAAUUAAAAAAUAUAUGUUUGUCCUUUCCUCUAAUGGGUUUUAUUUUACAUUUUUAUUCUGAAUGGAGAUUAAACUUUUAACUACAACACACACACGUGUUCUUACUGUAUUGGCUUUAUUUAAGCAAUAAUGACAUACAGGAGCAUGUUUACUUUCAUCAAAACUGUACAAUUUGUGGCAUAAGAUCAUUAAAAAUCAUCCUGUGACAAAAACAACAGUAAUAUCUCUGGAGUUGUGAGAAUCUGAGAUGAAUAAAUUGAGUGAGUGGUUUAAACUGAUUUAAGAUCUCGACUUUAAGUAAAAGAUUUUAAACAGAUUUAAGACUAUUUUUGGUCUUUUCCACCAUCACUAAGUUUUAAAGUUACUCACCUAUGAUGUGAACUGGUUGGUGGAUUUUUUUUAACCUGCUUUAAACUGGACUUCCAGUGGUCACUAAAUAAACUAAAAAGUGACUUA